UAUUCCCACAAAAACAAACAACCAGACAGACAGACAAACUGAGAGAGAGACAGAGAGAUUGAUCCUUAAAACAAUGUUUUCUGUCAGCAGAAUUAUGAACCCAGUUUUUGGUUUGUAGUAAAAUAAAAUAUGUAUAUAAAAAAGAAGAAGAAGUAGAGAUGGGAUUGUUAAAACACUGAAGAUAUAUCAUUCAUGUUAGUUUGACACUUGGUGUUGCAGAGUUUUCAGUGGAAAGAAAACUGUAAGGCUGAUCCGUUUUUUACAGGCUUCUCUCUCUCUCUCUCUCUCUCUCUCUCUCUCUCUCUCUCUCUCUUUUUCCUUUUUGUUCUCUGAGGGCAUAAAUGGGGGUUGUCACUGUUGGUGAAUUGAAACCAAGCAUUUCAGGGAAGAGAUCGUUUCGUCCAAGUUCCAGUAUAAGGCAUGCCACAGAAUGGCCAAUCUCUGAUGUUUCUAGUGAUCUUACAGUUGAAGUAGGAACUUCUAGCUUUGCACUUCACAAGUUCCCUCUUGUUUCUCGAAGUGGAAGGAUAAGGAAACUGCUGUUGGAAGCAAAAGAUUCAAAAGUUACACGCAUAAAUCUUCCUGAUGUACCCGGUGGAGCAGAGGCUUUUGAACUGGCUGCAAAAUUCUGUUAUGGAGUAAAUGUUGAGGUAACACAAUCAAACGUUGCUAUGCUCCGUUGUGCGGCUCACUUCCUGGAAAUGACUGAAGAGUUUGCUGAGAAGAACUUGGAAACCAGGGUUGAAGCCUACUUAAAGGAGAUGGUGCUUCCCAACAUAUCUACAUCAAUAUCUGUUCUUCACCACUGCGAAACCCUCUUGCCUAUUGCAGAAGAAAUCAACCUGGUUAGCAGGCUUAUCAAUGCAAUUGCAACUAAUGCAUGCAAAGAGCAACUCACUUCUGGAUUAUUGAAACUUGACCAUAAUUUUCCUACAAAAGCUGUCACAAAUAUGGAACCAGAAACACCUGCUGACUGGUGGGGAAAAUCGCUUACUGUGCUCAGUCUUGAUUUCUUCCAACGUGUUCUCUCUGCAGUAAAAUCAAAGGGUCUAAAGCAGGACAUGAUCAGCAAAAUUUUGAUAAACUAUGCUCAUAAUUCUCUUCAGGGUCUUGCUGUCAGGGACUCCCAAUUGGUAAAAGGAAGUCUCCUGGAUUUGGAGUUGCAGAAGAAACAAAGGGUCCUCGUUGAAGCAAUGGUCAGUUUGCUACCAACACAAUCUAGGAAGAGUCCAGUACCAAUGGCAUUUCUCUCAAGUUUGUUGAAAACUGCAAUUGCAGCUUCAGCAUCUACUUCUUGCAGAUCUGAUUUAGAGAGGCGCAUCGGUCUGCAGCUGGAUCAAGCAAUUCUUGAAGACAUCCUAAUUCCUGCAAAUUCACAUGGAAACAACCACAGCACCAUCUAUGAUAUAGAUACUAUUGUGAGGAUCUUUUCCAUAUUCUUGAACUUGGAUGAGGAAGAUGAAGAUGAUAAUCACUUGAGAGAUGAAAGUGAAAUGGUUUAUGAUUUUGAUAGUCCUGGUUCUCCUAAACAAAGUUCAAUUCUCAAAGUAUCAAAGUUGCUAGACAAUUACCUUGCAGAAGUUGCAAUAGACCCAAACUUAAUGCCACCAAAGGUCAUAGCACUUGCAGAACUACUUCCAGAUCAUGCUCGUAUAGUCAGUGAUGGAUUAUACAGAGCCGUGGAUAUUUUCCUCAAAGUUCAUCCAAACAUCAAGGACUCAGAACGCUACCGCCUCUGCAAAACCAUCGACUGUCAGAAGCUAUCCCAGGAAGCAUGCAGUCAUGCAGCACAGAAUGAAAGGCUGCCUGUACAAAUGGCAGUUCAAGUUCUGUACUUUGAGCAAAUCAGGCUUAGAAAUGCUAUGAAUGGGGGGCACAAUCAAUUCUUUUUCGGGGCAGUAAAUGGUCAGUUUCCUCAAAGAUCAAGCAGUGGUGCAGGAAGUGGAGCAAUUUCUCCUAGAGACAAUUAUGCAUCAGUAAGAAGAGAGAACCGAGAGCUGAAGCUAGAAGUUGCAAGAAUGCGAAUGAGGCUGACCGACUUAGAAAAAGACCAUGUUUCUAUGAAACAAGAGCUUGUAAAGACUCAUCCUGCAAACAAGCUAUUCAAAUCAUUCACCAGAAAAUUGAGCAAACUCAAUGCUUUGUUCAGGAUUAAUAGUAUUAAACCAAUAGGAGGUGGAAAGGCAAAUUCAGAAAGCCGAUUUCCAUUUCAGAAGCGACGGCGGCAUUCUGUUUCAUGACUAUGCUGUACAAGUGUGAAUAAAAAGCAAUGAGUGUAUAGUAUAACUAAUUAGUGUGAUUUGCUUAUAAUGCCAGGUUGAUAGUUCGUUUUUUGAGUGUUGA